AUGGACACUGCCAUGGAGGUGGCUGGCAGCAUUGCUGGAGUAUAUGUAGAGGCUUCAAAGAAGAUAAUGAGCUUUUAUGAUGCUACCAGAGAACAUCUUCUGAGUUUGGAUCCAGCACUCUGUCUCCUCGAGGCCCAGGCAGCCACUGGCUUCAUCAUUGACCCUGUAAAGAACAGGCAAGUAUCUGUAGCAGAAGCUGUGCACCUGGGGCUGGUGGGGCUGGAGCUGAAGGAGAGGCUGCUUUCUGCAGAAAACCCUGCCACUGGCUUCGUGGACCCUUACACAGAAGGGAAAAUCUCCCUGUACCAGGCGAUCCAGAAGGAGCUGAUUGGGAGAGAGCAAGGCACCCGGCUGUUAGAGGCCCAGAUUGCAACAGGAGGCAUCAUUGACCCAGCCACUGGCCACCGGGUCCCAGUAGAUGUUGCCUGUGAAAGGGGAUAUUUAGAUGAACAGACAAGCCAGCUCCUUUCUGACCUCAGCAAUGAGGACAGCAAAGGGUUCCUUGACCCCAGCACUAUGGAGAGGGUCACCUAUGUGGAGCUCAUGAAGAGGUGUGUUAAUGAUCCAGCCUCAGGCUUCCUCCUCUUACCCCUGAAAAUCACAUUCCCAGGGUUGGGAGGAAGGGUGAGCAGCAGAGAGCUGCUGGACUCCGGCAUCAUUAGCUCUGAUGUGUUCAGAGGUCUUGAGGAAGGAAGAGUUUCUGUCCAGGAGGUAGCAGAGAAUGACUCUGUUCAGCAGUUCCUACGCGGGACAAGGAACAUAGCUGGUGUUGUUGUUCUGCCUUCCAAUGAGCGGAAAAGCCUUUACCAAGCACUGAGAGAGCAUCUCCUUCUGCCUGGUGCUGCUCUGAUGCUCCUACAAGUCCAGGCCUCCACUGGCAGCCUGACAGACCCCGUAAAGAACAAAAGCUUCUCAGUCGAUGAAGCUGUCAAGACUGGUCUCGUUGGCCCAGAGCUUUAUGAGAAACUGUCUUCAGCUGAGAGAGCCAUCACUGGGUACAGGGACCCUUACACUGGGGAAAUGCUCUCUCUGUUCCAGGCCAUCAGGAAGGGCUUCAUCCCCAGUGACCAUGGCAUUUGCCUUCUGGAGGCUCAGAUGGCCACAGGGGGUAUCAUCGCUCCAGGCAGGCACUUCCGUGUCCCCACAGAGACAGCUUGCAAGUGGGGAUACCUGGAUGAAGCCACGAGGCAGCUCCUCUCCAGUCCUACUGAUGACAUGAAAGGGUUCUUUGACCCCAGCUCCAAGGAAAAGCUGACCUAUGCGGAGCUGCUCAAGAGCUGUGUCACUGAUCCAGACACGGGGCUUCUCCUGCUGCCCCUUUGUGGAGACAGCGGAGAAGAGCCCAAGGGAAACCACCUCUUCAUUGACCACAGGACCCAAACAGCUCUGGAAAGCACAAAAGUACCCAUUGCUUUAGGUAAAUUCAAGGGAAAGUCAGUUGCUCUCUGGAAACUCCUCUUCUCAGACUACAUGCCAAGUGAGCGGAGAGCCACUCUCACCCAGCAGUACUGUGCAGGAGCACUGUCCAUGCAAGAACUGGCUGAGACCGUCAGUGCCACUAUUGAGGAAAUGGCUUCCACUGCUAAUGUCACCUUUGAAGGCCUGAGGGACCGAGUUACAGCUGACCAGCUCCUCAGCUCUGAAAUUAUCAACAAAGAUUUAUUUAAGAAACUGAAGCAGGGAGAAACAUCAGCCAAAGAAGUUGUCAGCAUGGACACAGUCAAGAAAUACCUGGAAGGGACAGGCAGCAUCGGUGGGCUGCUGCUUCCUGACUCCCAGGAGAAGAUCAGCAUCUACCAGGCAAAGAGGAAAGGGCUUUUAAGGCCAGGAACAUCACUGAUCCUCCUGGAGGCACAGGCUGCCACUGGAUUUAUCAUUGAUCCAGCUGCCAACAAAAGGUAUUCUGUGGAUGAGGCUUUAAGAGCAAAUGUCAUUGGCCCGGAUGUUUAUGACAAGCUGCUGACUGCAGAGAAAUCAGUCACUGGCUACAGAGAUCCUUAUUCAGGGAACAAGAUCUCCCUCUUCCAGGCCAUGAAGAAAGAAUUCAUCGUGAAAGAGCAUGCUAUCCGUUUGCUUGAGGCCCAGAUUGCCACUGGCGGCAUCAUCGACCCUGUCAACAGCCACCGCAUCCCUGUGGAGGUGGCCUACAAGCGGGGCUACUUUGACAAGAAGAUGAACUUGAUCCUUUCUGACCCUAGUGAUGACACCAAAGGUUUCUUUGACCCCAACACACAUGAGAACCUCACAUACCUGCAGCUGAAAGAGAAGUGCAUCGUGGAGCCAUCUACCGGGCUCUGCCUCCUCCCUCUGAACAGCAAGAAACGUCAGUUCAUCGAUGAAGCCACCAAACAGGUAUUCGGGAACUCCUGGCUGCGUGUCAGGUUCGGGCGGUUGCGGGGCGAGCGAGUUUCUAUGUGGGACUUUUUUUUAGACGUCGAGAAAUAUUCAAUCACUACCAGCUGA